GCCAUCUUAGCUUGCAUGACCUCCAUAUUACUUGGUUAUGAUAUUGGGGUGAUGAGUGGUGCCAGUAUAUACAUACAGGAUGAUCUGAAAGUGAGUGAUAAGCAGAUCCAAGUUCUGGCUGGAAUACUAAGCCUUUACGCCCUAAUAGGCUCCGCCAUGGCGGGCAGAACCUCCGAUUGGAUAGGGCGUCGCUACACCAUCGUGGUGUCCGGAGUAAUCUUCUUCGUCGGAGCUAUUUUGAUGGGUUUUGCUACCAAUUUCGCCUUCCUAAUGGUCGGUCGCUUUGUUGCGGGCAUUGGUGUUGGUUAUGGCAUGAUGGUUGCACCCGUUUACACUGCGGAGGUUGCCCCUGCAUCUGCUCGUGGCUUGCUCACUUCAUUACCAGAGGUAUUCAUUAAUAUGGGGAUAUUAUUGGGGUACCUCUCCAAUUAUGGCUUCUCUAAGCUCCCUGUUCACUUAGGUUGGCGGUUCAUGCUCGGAAUAUCUGCAAUUCCGUCUGUACUUCUGGUCGUCGGAGUGUUGGCGAUGCCGGAAUCACCGCGGUGGCUGGUCAUGAAAGGCCGAAUAGGCGAUGCCAGGAAAGUUCUCGAAAAAACCUCCGACUCCAAAGAAGAAGCACAAUUGAGAUUAGAUAGUAUCAAAGAAGUAGCCGGAAUCCCUCAAGAUUGCAAAGACGACGUCGUUCAGGUCCAAAAGCAAGAAAACACUAAAGGUUUAUGGAAAGAAUUAGUCUUCCGCCCAACACCGGCGGUUCGCCACAUCUUCAUUGCCGGCCUUCUAUUGAAUUUCUUCCAGCAAAUCUCUGGUAUAGACGCUGUCGUUUUGUACAGUCCUAGAAUCUUCGAGAAAGCCGGGAUCAGAUCAUCAAACGGUCAGCUACUUUGCACGGUAGCCGUCGGAUUUGUCAAGACGAUUUUCAUCUUGGUCGGAACAUUCUUACUGGACAGAGUCGGCCGGCGCCCGUUACUGCUCACAAGCGUAGGAGGAAUGGUGGUGUCGCUAAUACUACUCGGGUCGGGUCUCACCGUGAUUGAUCAUUCAUCCGAUAAGGUAACGUGGGCCAUUGGAUUAUCCAUCUUCACCGUGUUAUCGUACGUCGCGUUCUUCUCGAUCGGAAUGGGGCCCAUGGUGUGGGUCUACACGUCUGAGAUCUUCCCUUUGAGGCUACGCGCUUUGGGUGUGAGUCUGGGCGUUGCAAUUAACAGGGCACUGAGCGGGACGGUUUCAAUGACGUUUAUAUCGUUGUACAAGGCAAUUACGAUCGGCGGGGCUUUUUUACUGUUCGCAGGGAUUGCAGCGAUUGCCUGGAUUUUUUGUUUUACGUGUUUGCCUGAAACGUUAGGAAAGACGCUUGAGGAGACUGAGAGGCUGUUUGGUCAUUGGAAUAUUUGGAGGUCUCAGCCUAAGACGAGGGAUAAUGAUACAGUCGACGCUCAACAGUAUGAACUUUAAUUUGAUGAAAAACUAUAAUAAAGAACAAAAUUAUUUUUUUUUUUUUAAUAAUCUCCUGCAUUGCACGGGUUCCGCAUAUUGUAGGAGAACCUAGAUUCAAUAUCGAUUUGUUUUUCAGGCACAUCAAGUUUGGAAUUAAUUUUAUUUAACUUU